CUCCAACCGAACACUCUCACUCAAAACUCUCAAAAACCCAUUCUCACCUAUUUUUAUUUUCUCGAUUUUCCGUCACUUUCCGGGAAAAGGAAAAAAAAUGGCGUCGGGAAGAUGCAAUAAGAUUCGGAACAUUGUGAGAAUCCGCCAAAUGCUACAGAGGUGGCGCAGGAAGGCUCGAAUAGCGGCGGCUAGACCAGCGCCGUCCGAUGUACCGGCAGGACACGUGGCUGUCUGCGUCGGCAGCAGUUGCAGGAGGUUUAUCGUGCGGGCGACGUACCUGAAUCACCCGAUGUUUAAGAAGCUUCUGUUGCAAGCCGAGGAAGAGUACGGCUUCACCAACCACGGUCCCCUUGCGAUCCCCUGCGACGAGUCGUUCUUCGAGGAGGUAUUACGCGUCGUUUCCCGAUCCGAACCGGGUUCUAGCUCGGGUCGGUUCCUCAGCCUCGAGGACUUCCAGAGACGUUGCCACGUGGACAGCCGAAGUAAGCUCGAACUCUUGGGCGAAUCUCGACCGUUGCUACAUGGGCUGGCUGAUGAAUCCGUUUUUUAAAAAAGUUCAAAAAGCAACUUUCUUCCGCUCCGACUCGGAUUGAGUCGAGUUACGAUGGAUGACUCAGCUGAGUUUCCAACAACGAGGACUAACUAUUUUUUUUUUUUUUGAAUUUAUUUCUGUAUUAAUUAACUAAUUUAAAUAUUUCGGAGCAACCUUUUAGGUUUUUCAUUUUUUUUUUUAAUUUUAUUAUUAUUAUUAUUAUUUUUGUUCUCUGGGGUUGGGUUAAAAUAUAGGCUUUACUUUUUGACCGAGUCAUGCCGAGUUAAAUCGGUGAGUCGAGGAGGUUAGUUUGAGUACUUGUAAAUUCGAAGAGCGUACUGACUAAAUCCAAGGACAUGAGAAAAUAUUUAAAUUGAAUUUUAUGGAUAAACAUAAUAUCCAAAGUCUAUUCUUCUCUGUAA